GCGGCGGCGGCGCGGGAGAGCCGCGAGCAGCUCACGCGCGGCGUGCGAGCCGGGAUGAGGGGCUGUGGCUGCGCGGCCCGCGCGCAGCCUGCGGGGCGGUGCCUUCCCGACUGAUGCUGAGGGCAUCCCACUGACCUGCUGACAUCCGUCCACCCGGGUCCUCAGGAAAAGGCUGCGAUGUCCCAGACACAGGACUAUGAAUGCGAGAGCCAUCAUGCUGGCCUGCAGGAAUCUCGGAUUUCAGGAUCUAGCACGAGGCUGGAGUGGGUGGAGAUCAUCGAGCCGCGCACGCGCGAGCGCAUGUACGCCAACCUGGUCACGGGCGAGUGCGUGUGGGACCCGCCGGCCGGCGUGCGCAUCAAGCGCACCAGCGAGAAUCAGUGGUGGGAGCUCUUCGACCCCAACACGUCGCGCUUCUACUACUACAACGCCACCACCCAGCGCACGGUGUGGCACCGGCCGCAGGACUGCGACAUCAUCCCCCUGGCCAAGCUGCAGACCCUGAAGCAGAACACCGAGUCCCCCAGAGCCUCGGCUGAGAACAGCCCUGGGAGGGGCAGCAGCGUCAGCCGUGACGGCAGCACCAGCUCGUCCCUGGAGCCGGAGCUGGAUGCCGGCGACAAGGUGCAGGAGACUCUGGGGCGAGCCAGCCGGCAGGCCGUGCUCGGGGCGGUGAAGGAGGAGAGCGGCAGUUCUUUGCCUUCAGGAGGUCUCCUUGGGAACGACUAUGACAUUUACCGGGAUUACAGCGCGGAUGGCCGCCUUCUCCACUGCAGGACCUCCUCGCUCCGCUGGAACUCGGGCACCAAGGAGCGCAUGCUCGUCAAAGUUGCCGACAGGGAGCCCAGCUUCCUCUCCCCCCAGGGCAACGGCUACCCCCUGGACAGCCAGCCCGGGGGUCGCUCCCGCAGACCCUCCGGGGGACAGCACUCGCCCAGCCUACAGACCUUCACCCCCGACGCGGACGGCCCUGUCUUCUUCUCAGAGCGGAGGCCGUCACCCUUCCCGAAGAGGGCUGAGCUAGGGAGCUGCUCCCCACUGCUGGCGCAGCCCCGCAAGCCCGCCGCCGACUCUCAGCCGUCCUCCCCGCGUUAUGCCUACGAGCCCCCCCUCUACGAAGAGCCCCCCGUGGAGUACCAGGCCCCCAUCUAUGACGAGCCCCCUAUGGAUGUGCAGUUUGAGGCCGGCGGGGGCUAUCAGGCCGGCUCGCCUCGGCGGUCUCCCAGCCGCAAGCCGCCCAAGCAGGCCUCCGCGUCGCCCUACCAGCAGCUGGUGCUCACCAGGCAGAAGUGCCCCGAGCGCUACCUGAGCCUGGAGUACAGCCCGGCCGGCAAGGAGUACGUCCGCCAGCUGGUGUAUGUGGAGCAGGCCGGCUCCAGUCCCAAGCUGCGCGCGGGCCCGAGGCACAAGUACACGCCCCACCCAGGCGGCGGCUCCCUCUCCCUGCAGCCCAGCCCCUGCCUGCUGCGCGACCAGCGCCUGGGGGUCACGUCCGGGGACUACAGCAGCAUGGAGGGGCCCGAGCUGCGGUCCGCCCAGCCGCCCGUGCCACUGCCCCAGGCCCAGGACGAUGCCAUGUCCUGGUUCAGCCAGCAGGACACCAUGUCCUCGACGGGCUGCUCCCCCGGCACACGCAAGAGGAAGAGCAGGAACCCCUCUGCGUGCCACGCCCCCAGCGCCCUGCCCACCGAGGGCCCCGGGGACCGCGACCCGCUUGGCCAGCAGCCCCUGAGCGAGGAGCGGCCCCUGUGCAGCCCCAGCCUGGCGCCCACAAAGCGUGCAGAGGGCGAGGCGGGUGAGGGGGACGGGACCCGGGGCGAGGCCGAGCCCUUCCUGGCUCAGGCCCGGCUGGCCUGGGAGGCACAGCAGGCCCACUUGCACAUGAAGCAGAGGGGCAGCUGGGACUCACAGCAGGACGGCUCGGGCUACGAGAGCGACGGGGCCGUGCCGCUGCCCAUGCCUGGGCCUGUGGUGCGCGCCUUCAGCGAGGAUGAGGCGCUGGCCCAGCAGGAGAGCAAGCACUGGCAGAGGGGCGCCUUGGAUAGGCUCGCCUUCCCCCAGGUCCUGCUCGAGAAGAGCGUCUCUGUGCAGACCAGCCUGGCCUCCCCGGAGCCCUACCUCCACCCCUCUCAGUCUGAGGACCUCGGCACCUGCGCCCAGUUCGAGAGCAGCCGGCAGACCCGGAGCGUGAUGCCCAGUGCCAGCUGCGUGUUCCCCACCUUCACGCUCCGCAAGCCGUCCUCGGAGACCGACAUCGAGAACUGGGCCUCCAAGCACUUCAACAAACACACACAGGGCCUCUUCCGGCGGAAGGUGUCCAUUGCCAACAUGCUGGCGUGGAGCAGCGAGUCCAUCAAGAAGCCCAUGAUCGUGACCAGCGACCGCCACGUGAAGAAGGAGGCCUGUGAGGUCUUCAAGCUGAUCCAGAUGUACAUGGGCGACCGGCGCGCCAAGGCUGACCCGCUGCACGUGGCCCUGGAGAUCGCCACCAAGGGCUGGAGUGUGCAGGGCCUGCGGGACGAGCUCUACAUCCAGCUGUGCCGGCAGACCACCGAGAACUUCCGCCUCGAGAGCCUGGCCCGCGGCUGGGAGCUCAUGGCCAUCUGCCUGGCCUUCUUCCCGCCCACGCCCAAGUUCCACUCCUACCUGGAGGGCUACAUCUACCGGCACAUGGACCCCGUCAACGACACCAAAGUGACACAGCACAUGAAAGCGCUCCUGGAAAGGAACUCUAAGAAGAAGUCCAAGUUGAGAAAGAAACCCAAGCCUUAUGUUGAGGAGCCGGAUGGGGUGGCAAUAAGCACAUAUGCCAAGUACUGUUACCACAAGCUGCAGAAGGCAGCCCUGACUGGGGCCAAGAAGGUGGCCCAGCAGGAGGCCCCUCUGGUGACUCAGGGGCCAGGGAGUUGGGGGUCCCCGGCUCGGGCCUGGGGUUCACAGGGACGAGAGGACAGAAGGAGGAAAGAGGGCGGUGCCCUGCAGGAGGUCAUGAGCAUGCAGAAGGAGCGCUACCCUGCGCGGCAGCUGCCCUGGGUGCAGACUCGGCUGUCCGAGGAGGUGCUCGCGCUCAACGGUGACCAGACGGAAGGCAUCUUCAGAGUCCCUGGGGACAUUGAUGAGGUGAAUGCCCUGAAGCUGCAGGUGGACCAGUGGAAGGUGCCUACAGGCCUGGAGGACCCCCACGUCCCAGCGUCGCUGCUGAAGCUGUGGUACCGGGAGCUGGAGGAGCCCCUGAUCCCCCACGAGUUCUACGAGCAGUGCAUCGCGCACUACGAGAGCCCCGAGGCCGCCGUGGCCGUGGUGCACGCGCUGCCCCGCAUCAACCGCCUGGUGCUGUGCUACCUCAUCCGUUUCCUCCAGGUGUUCGUGCAGCCUGCCAAUGUGGCCAUCACCAAGAUGGACGUCAGCAACCUGGCCAUGGUGAUGGCGCCCAAUUGCCUGCGCUGCCGCUCGGACGACCCGCGCAUCAUCUUUGAGAACACUCGCAAGGAGAUGUCCUUCCUGCGCGUGCUCAUCCAGCACCUGGACACCACCUUCAUGGAGGGCGUGCUAUAGCGCGUGGGCACCGAGGGACCGAGGGUGGGGACAGAGCCUGCCCGGGUGCGCCCGGGCAGGGGGCACG